AUGAGAUCCUUCGCCCUCCUCAUCCUCUCUCUGGGGAUAAUCCUCACUGGCAACCUCGGGUUUACCUCACCUGUUCCUGACUUCAUCAAGAACCUCAAAGCACUGAUCUCUGCUGACAACAACCACAACAUUGCGACCCGCAGUGUUGCCAACCCAGUCACCGAUCUUGCUGCUGAUGCUGAAGAAGGCGGCACCUACAACCCUUUUUUGGACUGGCACCCCUGCCGCAAACAUGGCAUGCCCUGUCCUUUUGUCAAGCGGCUUGAUGAAGCUGAUACUGAUGACAUUGCCAACAACGGCGGGGACAUUGCGAAGCGUGAUACCACUGUUGCGGCUGUCGAUCUUGGUCCCAAUAGCAAGGGAGGCAGUACUGCAGACGGAUGGAGACGCUGUCGGUGGGGAGCUAGUUGUUGGAAGCCGUCUGACGUUGGCAAUGUUGUCUCUGACCGUGAUAUGAACAUCGAUCAUCUUGCUCCAUCCACAUCAUCAGACACUCUAUUCGAACGUCAACUGGUCGACCCCAUGAUUGUGGAGAUGAACAAACCCUGCGCCAAAGCUAUCUUCACAAAAUACGAUCACACCGACCUCACCACCCUGUCAGCCGCAGACAAAAAAGCCCUCGUGGAUGCCAUCAUGGACUGCCACUCCAACCUAUCUAAAGAUACCACCACCCGCAACCUCCACUUCCGCGAACCAACCAACCUCACCACGCCAGAAGAAGUAACAGCCCAGCGCUGCACCAACGUGCAGCUUAUCCAAGCCUACCUUGCCACUCAUUCCGCAAUGCUCGACGAGAGCCACAAAAUUCCCCACUGGUCCGUCCUGCUCCGCUGCCUCCAAUAUGAGCGCAACUCACCCAUUAUCAAGAUGCCCAAGCCGCUGCGAGCACGCCAGUGGGAGAUCUUCGACCCGGAGGAAAUGGGCUGCAUCAUGGACGUGCAAGAGAACUUCAAGGGCGAUCGCAACAACCCGGAAGACGUGGCGGUGAUGGCGGCCGAAGUACAUGAGAAGUGCGGCUUCAAGGACAAGAGUGAUCUCGGUUCGGUAGUCACCAAGACACUCGGCUGA